AUGAUGUCUCCGAGUACGGCUGGCCCCGAACCGUUCUUCAAUUUUACAACCAGUGGACCAGGGUGUGAUUUGGUCUUCAAAUGUCCGUUUCGCAAACAUUUACUGGAAUAUGUUUUGUCUGUGAUCAAAGAUGAGCAACGUAGCAUGAAAUCCGAAGUGGACAUUCUCAUGGGUAUGCAUCUGGUCAAGAAAGCUUGUGUGUCUGUGCAUCCGCACGUACUGAUCGACGUUUUCAUAAAAGCUGGGUUCAAACUCACAUUGAAUCAGUCGUUGAUGCAGCCACCAGACGAUGACCGCAAUCUGAUUGAAGACUUUACUCGCUGUGUCUAUUAA